CAAAAUGGGGAUGAUAAUACCAGUUUAAUCCUCCAAAAUUAAGCCCACUUUAACUCCCAUUUUCACCUCAAGAAAUCCCUUUCAAUUUCACCAUAAUCUUGAAUUUUCCUGAAAAAGAUUUUCUUUUUCUUAGAGAUUCUGAGUAUAAUCAAAGAUGGGAAUUACAGGGCUGUUGCCUCUGUUGAAAUCAAUAAUGACGCCAAUACACAUAAAGGACCUGGAGGGCUGCAGCGUUGCCGUUGACACGUAUUCUUGGCUCCACAAGGGCGCUCUUUCUUGUAGUACCGAGCUCUGUAAAGGCCUGCCCACCUCCAAGCAUAUUGACUACUGCAUGCAUCGAGUAAAUUUGUUGCGUCAUUAUGGCAUUAGACCCGUUCUUGUUUUUGAUGGAGGUCCCCUAGAAAUGAAGCUCGACCAAGAGAACAAGCGUGCCAGGUCUAGGAGGGAAAACCUUUCUCGUGCUAUGGAGCAUGAGUCUAAUGGAAACUUGAGUGCUGCUUAUGGGUGUUACCAAAAGGCUAUUGAUAUAUCACCUUCAGUUGCCCAUGACCUAAUCCAGGUCUUAAAGCAGCAGAAUGUUUCAUUUAUCGUGGCUCCUUAUGAGGCAGACGCGCAGAUGACAUUUUUGGCUGUAAGCAAACAGGUUGAUGCAGUCAUUACUGAAGACUCAGAUUUAAUAGCAUUUGGUUGUCCCAGAAUCAUCUACAAGAUGGAUAAAUUUGGGCAAGGUGUCGAGUUUCGGCAGUCAAUGUUACAACACAACAAGGAACUAAAUUUAACAGGUUUCACCCAGAAGAUGUUUCUUGAAAUGUGCAUAAUAAGUGGUUGUGACUAUUUGCAGUCUCUGCCUGGAAUAGGGCUGAAAAAGUCUCAUGCCCUGGUUAAAAAGUUUAAAAGUUAUGACAAGAUAAUCAAACAUUUGAUAUACAAUAGUGUUACAGUGACUCCUCUUUACGAAGAAUCUUUCAAGAAAGCAAUUUUGACAUUUCUGCAUCAACGAGUUUAUGAUCCUGUUACUGAAGAUAUUGUACACCUAUCGGAGCCAUCCGACGAUAUCAACGACAAUUUAGACUUCUUAGGUCCAUCAAUGCCCCAGCAUGUAGCUAAAGGCAUAGCACAAGGUGACCUCGAUCCUUUUACUAAAGAAGCAUUCCAGAGAGAAUGUGGUAAUGCUGAAAAAGUGCUUAAUGGAACUUACCAAGUCAAGAAUUUCAAUCCUGAAGGUGAAAGGAAAAAGCUUGAUUUGCCUGCGCAGAAAAAUCUCCUGACUAACUACUACUGUUUUGCCUCUCUUGAGGCGAAGAGCGAAUUCAGGGCUCCUCGAAUUGCUCCUAAGCGUCCAAAUGCAAGCAAUGAAACUUCAAGUCCUAAUCUUGAUGUCCGUAUGGACUCUGUAAAACAUGGCGCCAACACUGAUAGUCCUGAGCUUGUGGAAUCACCAGACCACGGACUACAUGACAGAGAAGUUGCAAAUGACAACGAAAUGCAACAAAACAACUUGCCACAAAGUUCAGUCUAUAAGCCUUGUGUUGUGUUGCACAAGGAUCGUGCUCCAGAUCGAGAAGGUGGUAAAAUGGUAUCUAAAACAAAAGAUGUAGUUGUAAGGAGCUGCUAUUUUCUGCACAAGUCCACGAAGGAAAUUUACAAAGAAAAUAAGAUUGAUAUGGAUCAGAAUGAUUCUAACAGAUUUGAGAAUCACGUAUACAAGUCUGUCUCAGAAGCACCAGACGGAAAAUGUAGAGCAGAAAACAAAAAAGUUAUCUUACGGAGUUCUUAUUUUCAGAACAACACGACCGACAGUGAUAAUUUCAAGAGAGAAAAUGAAUUAGUGAAAAAUGAUGCUGUCCCUAUGCAUGUCUUUGAUUUUGAUGCUGGUGAGUGCAAAACAAAAAUCGACAACAAAAGGGGUAGGGUCAGAAGUUCUUAUUUUCAGCCAAAUUCAGUAUACGAGCAUAACCAGGGCACCACAUCUGAGGACCUUGUAAUUGGAGGCUAUGUUACUACUGAGACAUGUGAAUGUACUAUUCCUAGAAGUUCUUCAAGUGAUGACUAUGCCGAAGGCAAAAUAAAGAAAAGAAAAGUCGCUUAUAUGGAUUCUCAAAUAGAAGAAGUGAAUGGUGCAAAUCUGACAUCGGGUACCUGCGCAUAUAACCUGGAUGAAGAAACAAAAGGUGAAGGAAAAUUUGGGUGCAAUAUAUCUCAUUUGGGCCAUUAUUCUGACAUAGCCGAGAAAUCAAUGGAAAAGUUUGUUUCAGUGAUAUCAUCGUUCAGAUUUACCUCAAGUGGUUCACGUGCCAGUGGUCUUCGUGCCCCUCUAAAAGAUAUAAAGAACACUUGCAAAAAAAGGUCAACUCAUGACAUGGAUCUGAGCCAAUUCGCAUAUGAACCGACAAAGAAGAAAGCACCCUCACGACGAAGUAAAAGCUAGAGUUCAUAUGUUGAGUUGUGCUUAGAGUUCAUCAUUUCCUUGGUCAUCACUUGUCAAUGUCUCGACUUUGAUAAGAGAUUCGUAAUUUUGUGGGAAGAUAACUAUGGCAUGAAUGCCGAUGUUAUGUUUUGUACGAUGGUCUAAACAAGGACUGAACUUGAUGAUCGAUAAUUUUUAUAGCAUAUUUUCCUUCUUAAAUCCCGUCCAAUUUUAUGAAGUUCAAUGUACUUAACAUUGCCAAAAAUAAAUGCAAAGAAAUUCAGAGCUUUUUAGUUUUUUAUUACUGUCAUGUAUAAUUUUGAUGCUACCACAAAGACUAAUCUGUACAAUGAUUGGUCUGAUCAUAACAGGAAUUUUGAAAAUUUUAAUUGGCUCAGUGGUAUUCAAUCUUCUGCUC